UAGACUGAUGGAAACAAUGCAGAUAGAGGUUUUAGAUAGAAGAUCUUGACUCCCUUUGUUAUAAUUCUUCUCAAAAUUUCACUCAAUUCUCAACCUCAGUAACAAAAGUUGUCCUUAACUAUCACCAAAGGAGAAGUCUAACACUAAAAUUUCUGUGAUCACUACUUAAAUUCCUUCAUCAGAAUUCCACUAAACCCUUAAAUAUAGCUCAAAAUGAGAAAGAACAAAGAGUAUUUUCUAAACUAUAGAGAAACAGAUAUUUUUCCUGCGACAGAAAUGAGUGUACAACUUUACCCAAGAAUUCAGAAAAAGAAAGGAAGAUGGACUUUUGAAGAACACCAAACCUUCGUCAACUGCUUAAAGAGAUAUGGGAAGAACUGGGAUAUUCUUGAUGAAAUGAUCCCGACUAGAACUAGCAUCCAGAUCAGGUCUCACUGACAGAAAUAUUUCGACCAGAUCAAGAAAGACUACAAGACAGAUGAUCCGAUGGAAUUUGUGCUACAGAAUAUGUGAGAUGCCUCUCCUUUGUACCAAUUUGAACUUCCUAAAGAAGACCAGUUACAGAGUAAUUCUUUGAUGGGUGAUAUCACAGAAGAGAAUAAUAGGUAUCUAGCCAAUAAUAAAAAGAGAGAUCUAAAGAAAGCUCAAAAGAGUAUCCAAGAAUCACUGCCUUCAACUAUUAGCAAGGAUAAAAGCUUCCAGAAGUGUGAUGAGUCAUAUUCCAUGACUAAGCUGUUCAAGAUAGAGACUAUUUAAGAAAAAGUCUAAAAUUUUACCAAUGAAGAAUUUUUGUUCAAGUAAUGAUGCCAGGGAAGAAUUUGCCAAGCCUAAGAGAAAGCCAAAACAAAAGAGUGAUAAUUCUGAAUUUAAUGUAAAGAAAGGAUGUAGCUUACUAGUUCUCAAUCAAGGAAGAGCAAUCCUACAAGCUGAAAGAAUAGAGUCUUCAAUUCCUUUGAAAUGCAAAAGUCUUAAUGGAAAAUUUAAUCUAGUUCUUCCUAAUUAUCCAUGCCAGAUCCAGAUUAUGCCUUUGAAUCAACCAAAAGAGUCUAUGAAUCCUGAAUCAAUUCAGAGUCAGACUGUUUGGGAGACUAAUCAAGCAAAGAUACAAACAAACAAGUUUGAUUCUUUUGGAGCUAAUACAGCGAAUACUACUGAUCUAUCCAACCCAAGAGUAUUCCUACCCCAAGAAAAUGCUAAAAAUCAUCUAAUGACACAAAGAAUUGGUCUCCAAAGACAUAUUCCUUAUCAUUCAAAUACCAAAAAAUAAAAAUAUACAGAGAUGAUGUAAAUCUCCAGGAGAAGAUUCUUAAUCAUAUUAUUUUCAUUGUAACAAAAUUGUAGAC